UAUAAAAUAUUUGUAAACAAAUUAAUGUUAAUAUUAAUAAAUAUAUUGUUUUUCUAGAUAUUUAAAUACAUUACUGAUAUAUAUAUAUCCUAAUUAUCAUAGCAUUAGUACCAAUAGUAGUGACGGUGUUUGUUGUGUCAAACUAACCGACCGAUUGAUCUAUAUUUGACACAACUGUUCCCAUAUUUAUCCAAUAGAUAUGAUCCGACGUCCGGCCACUCGUAUUGAACUUAAAUUGGAUGACAUGAAAGAGUACGACGAGAUCAACAAAGAUCAAGAAGACAGACAUAAACAACAGACAAACAACAGCAACAACAAGACUACUGAUCCGUCGUCGUCAUCGUCAUCAUCGGCCGCCUCCUCGUCCUCGUCGGGCACCGGUAUUACUGGCAAUGGUCUCAAACCCAAAGACCUGACCACUCAUGAAAGGAUCGGUUUUGUUAGGAAAUGAUUGGAUCAGACAGUCAUUUGAAU